GUCCAGAACCCCGCACUUAUUCCUACUUAUUACUUCCUGCUACCCCUAAUUAUUCAUUUAUUCUGUCCAUCUUUUUUUAUCAUUUAUCUCAUUCUUGCUUCUUGGCCACUUUAACUUCCUCGCAUUCACCAGAGUCAUGAACAGAUUCAACAAAUCUGAACUUCUAGUGCUCUUUGUCCUUCCUCUCUCAGGCCUACCUACCUUUACUUCAUCUUUAACGUUCUCAUCGUUGCACUUGGAACCGAAGCUGCUCUUCUCACAGAUUUUGCUAAGCCUUUUUGUCACACAGAAACCUAUAAUUCCCCCAGAACUGUAUGAACCUGAGGAAAGGGUGGAAGUAGAAGCCUCAGAACAUGAUGAAAAGAAGCCUAAGGUUGUUGCAAAGUCUGCUUCUGAUGAGAACAUUGUUGGUGUCACUGAGGUGAAAAAGUGUCCUUCAAUCCCAAAUCUUUUGCUCAUAGGGUGUGGAGAAAGUGAAGGAGAUGUGAUUGAAGCAGAAGAUGAGGCUAGGGGAGUUAAUGGGCAAGAGUUGUUUGCAAAAGCUGAGGCCUUCAUUGGGAACUUCUAGAAACAGUUGAAGAUGCAGAGAGAGGCUUUAUCAGGAAGCCUUUGAUUAGCUUUUUCCUCUUAUAUCUCUAGAAUAAAUUGUUUCUAGGGUGUUAAAUUUAGAAACACUGGUUCUGAUGGUCUAUUUAGUUGAGGAUUCCUGGGUUUUUCACUUUUUCUCCCAUGCACUGGGUUUGAACAGAAUAUUAUCUUAAAAAUUAUG